AUGUCAGAGGAAGAGGAGGAGAUGCGGCUGCUGUCUGCCCAUUCCCCGGGCCAACACUCCCCACUGGCACCAGCAACCCUGAGCAGCCACCCCGCCCCGCUGCUUGGCACCUGGGUGCCUGGCCUGGGGGCAGCCGCAGCGUCCCUGGCUCUGGUGGUGUGUGAUGCCCUGGGUGCCAGCCAGAUGCCAGGCGCCUGCGUGACUCCCCAAGGGAACUGCACCCGUUUCCCGUUCUUCUCGGACUUCAAAGGCCAGAACAAGGUGGCCCUGAGCGCCGUGGAGACCGCCGUCCUCUCCUGCAUCUUCCUGGUGUCCCUGCUGGUCAACAUCUGCGCCAUCUCGCUGCUGGCCAGGAAGAAGAAGAAGCUGCGCACCGCCAACUGCCUGAUGCUCAACCUCUUCUGCGCGGACCUGCUCUUCAUCAGCGCCAUCCCCGCCAUCCUCGUGGUGCGCUGGACCGAGUCCUGGGUGCUGGGGGACGUCGUCUGCCACAUGCUCUUCUACGUGAUAAGCCUCAGCGGCAGCGUCACCAUCCUGUCGCUGGCGGCGGUCAGCCUGGAGCGCGUGGUGUGCAUCGUCCGGCUGCGGCACACUGCCCGCUUCAGCUGCAAGCUGCUGGUCGGGACCCUGCUGGUCAUCUGGGGGCUCGCCGCCCUCGCCACCCUCCCGCUCUGCCUCUUCUUCAACGUGGAGCCCCUGCUCAUGCACGGCAAGGAAGUUCAAAUUUGCACCUUGGUUUGGCCCAGCAUUGCAGAAGAAAUCUCUUGGGACGUAACAUUCACCUUUGUGGUCUUUGUAAUACCAGGAUUAGUCAUUGUGAUCAGUUAUACAAAAAUUUUACAGAUUACAAAAGCAUCAAGAAGAAGAUUAAAUGUCAGUUUAGCCUACUCAGAAAUUCAUCAGAUCCGAGUCUCCCAACAAGAUUACAAGCUAUUUCGAACUUUGUUUGUGCUGAUGAUCUCUUUCUUCAUCAUGUGGAGUCCAAUUGUCAUCACUAUUCUCUUAAUUUUAGUUCAGAACUUCAAACAUGAUUUGAAUAUUUUGCCAUCAUUUUUCUUCUGGAUAAUGGCAUUCACUUUUGCCAACUCUGCCGUCAAUCCAGUUUUGUAUAAUGUUACCCAUUUCAGACACGAAUGGCGGCAAUUUCUUUUGUGUUGUGCAGCUCUUCCUGGACGGAGAAUGACUAAUACAGAAACCACAGGAAGAAGAAAUGACCACAGAGAAUCUAACUUAUCUGUAAUUUACAAAUAA